AUGGCUAUUAAAAACCAGAAUAAUUGUGCUAUUAAUUCAAGAAAAAAUUACAGUCAACAGAAUAGAUCAAAUGGACAAUUGAAGGAUUUUGGCAAUUCUUGCAAAGUUUUGAAUAAAAGGAAAGAGGAAGAAUGCGAAAAUUUGCUAUUUUUGAGUCAAGGAAAAAGCAGAGGAAUUAGAGUGGAGGACAUUCUCUGGUGGAUUUGCUUUAUAUUCACAAUCUAUUAUUUUGAUCUACCUGCAACUUUUAUUUUUAGUCGGAAAAUAAAUAGAUUUUAUCUUCGAAUUAUGGCUUUAUGUGUUCUAAUGAUUGUAUUUCUUACCUUUUUAUUUACUCUAUUGAAGAAUUUAAAAAUUUUUAGAAGGCGUUGGAUUAUUUUUUCAAUUCAAUUUUUAACUAUUUUCUUCUUCAUUUUAACUCCAUUAAGUUUUUGUCUCGCUACUUGGGAUGAAUUUAAUGUUUGGUCAAUUUAUAUUGCCUAUGUGGGAACUCAAUCGGCUCUAGCUUUAAUUGCUGUGCUCUAA